AUGGUGCGGGCACCCAUCCGUAAGUCGCGAUGCGCAGCAGCCGUUGCCGCGGCUGCACUGAGCGCCGGCUAUCUGAUCACGGCCUUCGUGAUGCCGCCAGCAGAAGGUGCCGGCCGGCGCGAGGCCUUGCUGGGCCUGGCCGGGGCCGCGACUGCCGCGACCCUGUCCUCAGAGCCGGCCCUGGCCUUCGACGAAGCAGGACCGUGGCUCGGGUACUACAGCGACCCCCAGCACCCCAUGUGCCCCCGCAAGAUUGUCUACGAGUAUGACCUCUACAAGACCGCGACGAUCAUGGUGGUGGGUGGCGAUGGCGACCCCGGGUGCGAGAAGAAGGUGUCCAAGAGGUGGACGGCCAAGGUAGACUUCAAGGCGGGCUCCGACAGCAUCACCAUCGACUUCAGCAAGAAGGGUGGCCCUGCGGAUGUGGUUGGAAAGUGGGACAAGGACGGCAUCGUCUUCCCUGACGGCAACAAGUGGAAGAAGAUCAUCUCCUUCACCAACGCCGACGGCCAGCUCCUGGCCUGA